UAUGCAGGUGAAUUUGGAGCCGAACCUAUAAUAGGUGUAGGCUACUCCGCGCAUGUCAGUUGCCUGCUGUCCUCGCGGUCUAAGGAAAAACAUGAAUGGCGUCAACUUCUGAUCCUCUCACAGCUUGCACGCUGAGUUGGCCUACCUAAACGCCAUGACUGCACGAAGACACUUCAUUUUCGAUCGCGUUUGAACACUUCUCCCGAGUCGCAAAUUGUAUAGAAAAAACCAUGCCAAGCUGCACGAGAACACGGACAUGAAAGCUCACAAAUCGGUGGUACCGUUGUGGGAUUGGUUGUUGUUGGAGGGAUCAGUACAUAAACCCGCUCUGGUACUUGAACAGGGCGCAGAGCUGUGGAGAAUGGCCAGCAGGUCCUGCAGCUGGACAAGUACAACUACACCACGUACCACCCUAUGGAUGAGAUAUUCACGUGGAUGGAGCAGGUGGUGAAGGCGAAUCCAGGGCUGGUGUCCUCUCAGGUGUACGGCCAGACGUACGAGGGCAAUAAUAUCACCCUUUUGAAGAUCGGCCUGGAGUCCAGCAGUCGGAAGAAGGCGAUCUGGAUGGACUGCGGGAUCCACGCCAGGGAGUGGAUCGCUCCGGCUUUCUGCCAGUGGUUUGUCAAAGAGAUUUUACGGACGUACAAAACGGACGAGCGCCUGAACCUGGUGCUCAGGAACGUGGACAUCUACGUCACUCCGGUGCUGAACGUCGACGGCUACCGGUACUCCUGGGUGAACGAGAGCACCCGCCUCUGGAGGAAGACCCGGUCGGCGUCCCGGGAAGCCGGCUGCACCUGCUACGGCACGGACCUCAACCGCAACUUCUACGCCAACUGGGGCAUGGUGGGAAUCUCCAGGAACUGUUGUUCUGAGAUCUACUGCGGGCCCGCGCCGCUGUCGGAGAGGGAAGCUGUUGCAGUGACCGAGUUCGUGCAGCAGAGGGCCGAGGACAUCCUCUGCUUCCUCACCAUACACUCCUACGGGCAGCUGAUCCUCGUACCCUACGGGCACCCGCAGAUCUCGGCCCCCAACUACGACGAGCUGAUGCGGGUUGGUCUGGCGGCUGCUGAGGCGAUGAAGGGCGUGCAUGGGAUGGUCUACACCGUGGGCACCUCCCCCGACGUCCUGUACCCGAAUUCGGGUUCUUCGCGUGACUGGGCGCGGCUGACGGGGAUCCCGUUCUCCUUCACCUUCGAGCUGCGGGACAAGGGCCAGCACGGGUUCCGUCUGCCGGAGGAGCAGAUCGGGCCGACGUGCGAGGAGGCGUACGUCGGAGCGCGCUCCAUCAUCGGCUAUGUCCACGACAAGGCCUUCAACCUCACCACCACCACGGCGACCGUGCCCGUCACCACGCCCAGCGCCGCCGCCGCGGCGACCGGGGCCCUGUGGUCCGCGCUGCUGGCCUGCUCUCUCGCCACCGCCGCCCUGCUGUAAACUAGCAGCAUUACGCGCGAUGGCGGCCGUGCUGUGAAUCGCAGGAAAUCGCUCUUAUUGCCUAUAACUAUAUUAUCGCUACGUAAUCGAAGGAUUACAGUGUGUAUAUUUUUUACAUGAUUAUUUAUCUUUCAUGGCCUUUUGGGGGGAAACUGCCCACAUUGGGCACAAGUUUAAGAUAAGUUUUGAUAUUUAAAGAUCUGAUGAAAUGGUUUUUUUUUUAAUUUAAAAGUUAUGCAGUUGUGGACUGUGUGCGUGCGGGUGUGUGCACGCACGCGCAUGUGAUGUGUGUGUGCGCGUGUGAUGUUUGCAUUUGUAUACAUGUGCACAAUCAACCACCAUGAACAGUUCACUGCAAGUGGCACACAAUCUAGAAUAGAGGUUCUCAAACUUGGUCCUGGGGCCCAUUGUGUGUGUUGAGUUUUUUUUGUUGCCAAUGUCUUGGUCAGUUAGUUAAUCUAUUUUUCAGUAUUUUUUUCUUGAAACUUCAAUGGAAGCCAUGCCGACUCGGUUAUUGUUUUUCUUUGAACUCUUCCUUCUCUGCCAGUGGUUUGGUUUCAGUGACCAGGAGGCCACAGCAAUUAGGUCUCCACUGAUUUGACUUCUAUAGGCUAUAAUUUUAAUCAAUUAAAACACGCUGCCUCUUUCUAAUUGUGUGUCAUAUAUCACCUUAGAGAGAAUGAGUUGAUCUGACUGAUCUGAACUUGAAGCCUUUGGUAGUAAGUAUACGUACACAGGACAGAGUCUGAGAACCCCUUCUCUGGAAAUGAAGAUGUCCUGCAUUUCCUCUGUUUUACUGCAGGGUGCAGUGUUGCUCUUAGAAGGCUUUAUUUUGGCACAUGAUCUCUGCGAAGAGCUGGUUGUUUACUGAUUUCUUUGUUGGAAAAGCAGACUGGUUCAUUAAUGCUCGUUUGUUUUCUUUUAUUUUGCUUAUUCUGGAGUUUAACAGUCUCUAAUUACAUUGUUCAUCAACACAAUCCACAAAAUGGCCCUUUCUCCCUUAUGCAAUUUCUCCAAGCUUAUCUCCAAUAAUGUGCAGAUAUUUAGCUUAUGGAGAAAAGGUCUGGUUCUGCUUGGGUUGUGUCAGUUCUGUUCUGGUUCUGAUGGGGGUCAGGGGAGUUUACACUCUCAGAUGUAAAGGUGCAGUGGAGGUACAUUUUUUUUGUGCAACAAUUCUUUUGUUCUUUGGGAACAAAUUUCCCAAAUGUACCCAGAAAGCACAAUCAUGCUCUGUUUGGGUGCUAAUAAAUACCAUUUCUCAAGCGAAAAAUGUGAAGGAUACGACUUUAUGUACCUAUAGGGUAGCACUGCAGUAGCGAGAAUUUGUACCAUUUUGAGCACUUUUUCUUACCUCGUUUUAUGAGAGUGUAGGUUCUUCUCUGGACCUGGGAAUGCUGUUGUGGUUCUGUCAGAUUCUAAGUGCCAGGAGCCGGCUUGGCUUCAGCCCAGUACCGAUUCUCCCCACAUUAAACAGCACUGCAUCUACUCGAGCCGCAUCUGCACCCCUUUAAAUUGAAUGCUUCAUUUAAUUAUCCAUGGCUGAUACAGGAUUGAUGAUUGCUGAUGGUGGAACAUGCCCUUAUUGACUGUGGCCACUCAGAGCCUUUUGCUUUACUUCCGUGGCUCUACGAUGCCAGUGAUCCAUGUUCUACAAACAGCAUGUUUCUUUUGUGCAGUCCAUGUGACACCAGCUGUGACAUCAUUUCCUGAACAUGUGACUGGGGAAAAAUAAGGGUGUAAAAGAUGAUAUGUUUUAUCUGUGAGAUAAAUCCUGUGAUUUAUGUAGAUUGCAUGGUGUUGCGUUAUCUCUCACGGUUCAGCUCGUUAUCUCUGUGUGCAGUUGAUUGCUGAAAUGAGUCUCUGCCACGUAGCUGAUUGAAUCUUUUCCACAUCGGUGGAGCAUUUUGAGUUUUGAAGUAGGAAAAAUAGCACCGUGCGAUCUCAUCACCCUGCCGUUUGGAUCAGAUGAUCUUUGUUGUAGACUGACGGCAGAGAAGCUUACACAACGAGGCCAUUACUGGACACCAGUACAAAGUACUGGGCGUGAGAUGUCAGGAAGGUACUGGCUGUACCAGUUUCACCAUUAGGAAGGAUUUGUGAUUUGACAGUUAAAAGAAGCGAGGCGAAAGGAAAGCCUCUUCAGCAAAUGCUCUCAUGUUGUAAUGUUCUGCAUGAAUAAUAAUAGCAGUAGCAGUAUGGUGGGGUUGAAUAAAAUAGUUCCCAGAGUGGCUUCUAGGAAAUACAGUGGAUGAGAUUCUAAUCUUCAUGGUUUCAUAAUCCAUAGUUACUGCAGUAAUCCUCAGCAUUUCCAGACCAAAGUGAUAAAUGAAUCCCUCUGCUACCGGUAACAUGAUUUCGGCAUAGUGCAACUAUACUGUAGCGAUAAUUGUAUACACUAAUCCACUAUGAACACUGCUAUCUCCACAGAAUCUGCGUGGAUUUGGGUAGGCUACAUAAAUUAAGUAUUACCAUUCCAACAUCCCAGAUAUUUUUGUUGGCACGCCAUGAAAGGUUGUCUUUUCUGAGGAAAAACAGGCUUGGACCAUUUCAUAGUUGAAGCCAUUGCUGAUUCUGCACCUCCCUUGGAUGAUCUGGAUUUCAUAGUAAUCUCUGGCAUGAAAUUAAAUAGUUACUAAUAAAAACCUUAGCAAAGAUGAGUCUCACCUCUUUGCCAAUGUCAAUAUGAAAACUCCUUAAAUCCUCUCCAUGGAAGAAGUCAAGUGUGAUGUGGAUAAGAAGAAGUUGGCAAAGCACACACACACACACAGAACUGCAUAAAGAAGGCAUUUAACAAAUAUAUGCCCAAUAUAAAGAAUGCAUAACAUCCCACACAUGACAAUCGCUUCCAUUAUUACACUGGCAUAUGUUUAACAGGAUGAUAAUUAGGUGGGGAAAGAUAUAAUUUCUGUCAGGACUGGGCUCCCAAGUGUAUUGUUUUUACUCUGUCUGCACGCCUGUCCUUCCAUCACCAUGGAAACCACAGUGCGCGCAGAUUAAAGUACAGAAGAGCACAGUCACAUGCUACAGGUGGAAGGUGUGCUUUCUCACUACUGCUAACAGCAUGAACUCUGAAGCGCACACGACAGCAUAGGAGCCAAGGAUAACGUCAACAGACUAGCCGCAGGAAACAAGCCUGUCCCUAUGUUACAUUAGGGAACUACGAACUGCUACCUCAAUACUAAUGCCAUUACUGCUACCACAACGUGAACGAUUUUACUUGUAAUAUUAGCCUGCUACCACUACUCCUAAUGCUACUGCUACUGCUAAUGCUACCACUAGCCUAAUUUUAUUACUACCAUAACUGAAACUAUUAAUACAAUUAGCCUACUACUACCACUAACAAGACUGCUACCCUUUCAAAAAAAAAAUUGCUACAGCUACUGCAAAGUUGUACUGUAGUUGAACUGAUGAACUUGUCAUUUGCCAUCGUAACUUGUCAUAGAACGUCAGAAUAACGAUUCUUAAUUCUGGACGAUUUGGCAAGAGGAAACUUUGUAAAUAAGUCUGUAGAAAAUGCAAAAUAGAAAUAACCUGCAAUUCGUUUAAAAAUAACCAAUUUUCGUGUCAAAUGAUAAAGUAAUAUUUUACGCUUUAAUCACGUGAACCAAAUGUUCCUUACAAAAGAAAUUAGGAAACACCUGUGCUUCAUAUUACGCCCCGAGGUGCUUUCGCUGUAAAAUCCCAGUAGUUACAUACAGGCUCGUGAUUGCUGUCUGCAGUUGGGGCGUCAGCGAAGCGUGAGACGAUGGCGAGUCCUGCUGUGUAAUACUGGGGGGAGCAGUGCACCACCUGUACGAUACGUUAUGGCUACAGGUGAAGUGUACCUGUAGAGGGGAAAUCCUGGAGAGGGGACUGAAGCCUUCCAUUUUGACAUUGGAAAAGAGCCAGCUGCGAUGGAGCCGUGCUCCCUCUUCACGGCACUGUGCUCUCCCGGCCUGCCUCUGCACCAUGGCUGUUUAACGCAGAAGAGGAAGAGAGGGGUGUUUGUGGACUCAUUUAGGUGGGCUGAUUUAAACGGUGUUGAUCAGGCCUGGUUGAAGACCCCUCGGUGGGUCGGGCCAGAGUUUCGGCCUGCGGAGGCGUCGCACCCGGCCCCUGCGUGUGCCUCUGUGAGGUUUGGGACGGACCGUGCGGCGGGCGGCAGGACCCGUGAGGCUCGCGGCUAACGGGACCGCUAUUGACGCUAAUGCUUCUGAGGAACCCGACGAGAGCUGCCAUUUUGGAUGCAAUCUGGAGUCGAGUAAAUUCAAAGGACAAAUCCUUCUCAUCUGAAGUAAUGAAAACUAGUAGACUGUGCUGCUGGCAGAACACUGUGUUUGGUGCAACUGCGGAACUACAGAUAAGGAGACAGUAAGGAGGCUUUUGUGGUUGUUGGAAGGUACCUACUAAAAUGAAGCUCCUUCCGCCAUUUAUAAAGAAGACACUUAAUUUGCUCCUGCAUUCCCUGGGACGGGUGGGGGGGGGGGGGGGGAGGGUGUGACCUGGUUGUGAGAGUCAGGUUAGGAAUUUGAACAGGUUACUGGAAAAGUAGGUCACACAUCUAAUAAGCGGGUGGGAAAUCCCACCAAUUAAAUUAUUUCACUCGGGGAAGAGGACAGGGCCCCUUGCCUGUCAUAUACUCUGGUAAUUAACUACAAUCAUACCUUAGGCAGACAGACAGUGCACCCCUCCAUAUGUGUUUUUUCCUAUUUAUUCAGACAAAAGGAAAGCAGAGAGGGGAAAAAAGCCAUGACAGGGAUUUUUUUACAUGGAUCCAAAGCCUGUCACUCUUUGGGCUGUGUCACAUGGUCUCCCCGCUUAGCGUCUUGUUUUAAUCACGGUUACAGUGUGGUAUACUUUUAGAGCAAGCAGCUCCACUCCUAGACCUCUCAGUUCAGGUUUAUUUUUUUUUUUGUUCAAAACAUCGCAGCUUGAAACUGAAGCUCUGACACUUGUUAGCACAAGAGAAUGAAAAAUCUUCAGGAAACUGCGCAUGGGAAAAUAAGUCAUUGCAUUUUAAUGACAGGAUGCAUAACAGUAGAGGGGAAAUGGGUACGGUGACAUUUCAAAAGACAUUCGCCUUUCACGUGUCCUGUCGUUCCUAUUCACUGUUUCAUUUCCAGGAGAAUAAAUUACUGGCACGUGGUUUUCUUGAGGUCGUAAUGAUUGGUCCUGUGACAGGGGGUUACUGCAGGUCACAGCUGGGGUAUCUUUCACCUGCAGUGGCUUUCCUCAUUAAACCCCCCGACCCCACAUCGCACGUCAAGAGCUGCAAUUUACACGGCUCUCUGUGCGUGCGCCACUGUCAAUCCCGGCUCCAAUUAAUCCACUGGCCCAUUUAAAUACAGCAUUUCGCCCCGUGCAAAAAAAAAAAAAAAGCGAAUUCAACAGUGUUUUUCUGGUUCUAUGAAAUUCUGAUGCACCAGUAGCUGUGUGCCGUGAGCUGCUGUCGAUGCGCGAGACCUGUAGCUAUUGUGCGUUUAGCGCAUCUCUGCAGAAUAAAAAUCACCAUCAAAAACAAGCCGGUGGAAUUCAGAGGAGGGG